UCGCUUAGACAUGUGGGUCCAAUCUGUUGGGGGAAGAAUAAAGGGAGGAUCUAUGGUGCUGGAGAUAGAUCCUCGCUUUAUAGACCAGAUAGCAGCAUUUGAGGAGCGAGCAAAAGCGGCAGAGCACGAGGCACGAGAGGCGCGGGAGGAGCUAAGGAAAGUUGAGCAACGUCGACAAGAGGAAGUUCAACAGACAGAGCAACGCACUACAAAACUACAAAUGCAGCUAGCAACAUUGGCAAAAAGUGUUGCUUCCAUACAGGCUGAGUCAUCCUGUCGUCGUCGUCAUCCAGAUUAUGACGAGGAUGAGUCUAAUGAUGAUGACGGCGAGGAGUAA